UAGAGCGGAUCAAAACUUGUCGUCAACACGCUUAUCCCCGCUCGGAGAAGUGGGACAUAUCCUGAUACUCGUGUGUUUUUCUUUCUCUUCCGGAGCCGAUUAUCUUUUUUACAGCAAAGAUUUGUCCGCGAGAACGAUAAAGAGAAAGGAAAGAUGCCGCUUCUCCACAAAAAGCCGUUCGUGAGGCGGAAGCCGCCCGCUGAUCUCAGACCCGAUGAAGAAGUCUUCCUAUGUAAAGUCACACAUGAAAUCUUCAGGAGCUAUGAUGAAUUCUUUGAGAGGACAAUUCUGUGUAACAGUCUUGUAUGGAGCUGUGCGGUGACUGGGAAGCCCGGCCUGACCUACCAGGAGGCCCUGGAGAGUGAGAGGAAAGCCAGACUUAAUCUUCAGAACUUUCCCAAUGUGCUGCUCGUCCCCCUUCUGCACCUGACAGCACUUACGCACCGCUCACGUCUGCAUGAGAUAUGCGAUGAUGUGUACGCUUAUGUCAAAGAGCGCUUCUUUCCUGGAGAAAUUGUGGAUGUUGUCACUCGCUCUGGUGCCAGUUUCUCCCACUUCUUCCCGGACGAGCCCCCAGUGUUUAUCUUCAGUCCACCAGGGAAGGGCAGAGGUUGCCGUCCUAAUGAUGCCUCCCCAACAGAGAUGAAUUAUGUCGAGGAGAAGUUAAAAUUGAUGCAGCAGAAAGAACAGAUGAUGGCCAUGGAAAAAUUAAAGAAAGAAAGAGAAGAUCUAAUUGAGGCCAAAAGGAAAGAAAAAGAGGACAAGGAGAAAAAGAGAGAGGAGAUGAAGAGGAUAGUAGAAGAGGAGAAACAGAGGCGGAAAGAGGAGAAAGAACGAAUGAAGGUUGAGAAAGAGAGGGAACGAGAGAAGCUAAAGGAGGAAAAGAAAAAAUAUGCAGAACGACUGAAGUUAUGGAGCAAACCUCGAGAGGAUAUGGAGUGUGAUGACCUAAAGGAGCUGCCAAAGCCUCUUCCAGUGAAAACACGUCUUCCUCCAGAGCUAUUUGGAGAUGCUCUGAUGGUGCUUGAGUUCCUGAAUGCAUUUGGAGAGCUGUUUGAUCUAAAGGAUGAAUUCCCUGAUGGCGUAACACUUGAGGUGCUGGAAGAGGCCUUGGUGGGCUCUGAUCCCGAGGGGCCACUCUGUGAACUGCUAUUCUUCUUCCUUUCGGCCAUAUUUCAGGCUCUGGCAGAGGAACAGGAGGAAGUGGCCAAAGACCAGGUGGCGGAAGCGGACACCAAAGAUCUUAGUGAAGCUCUGGAGGAUGACGCUGACCCCACACAAUCUGCCAUCAACGCUGUGGCAACUCUUGCUGCUGCCUGGCCACAACUGCACCAAGGCUGUAGUCUGAAGCAGUUGGAUCUGGACAGCUGUACUCUCUCUGAGAUUCUGAGGCUGCACAUCCUGGCCUCGGGGGCAGAUUGCAUGUCCACCAAUGCAAAGUUUCGCUACCAGAAACAGGGUGGGUUUGGCUCCACAGACGACCCCUGUGUGGAGCUGCGUCUGUCAAACCAGUGCCUGCUCAAAAAGCUCUCCUGCACUGCUGUCUAUGACCUGCUGCCUGGAGAGAAGCUAAAGAUCCUCCAUUCUUUGUGUGGAAAACUGCUGACUUUGGUUUCUACAAGAGACUUUAUAGAAGACAAUGCAGACGAGCAGAGAUCUGCCAAGCAGGAACUGCGAGAGCUUAAAGCUGAACAGCAUCGCAGAGAACGAGAGGAAGCUGCAGAGAGGUACGAUGAAUCUCUGCAAGAAACCAAAGACAGCACUUUAAAGCCAAAAGUUGGCCCAUCUUACCCACAAAGUACUGUACCGGCUGAGCGCUUUAUGGAGAGCCGUCUCCGAGAUCUACUACUGGAUAUUGAGGAUCGCAUCUAUCAGGGAACUCUGGGAGCAAUUAAAGUGUUGGACAGAAACUCAUGGAGAGCCGCACUGGAAAACGGGAACUAUGAACCUCUAAAUCCCCAGUCCAAAGAGAACGGGCUGAUCAAUGGAGAAGAGGAGCCAAUGGAAAUUUAUGAGAAUCACAUCAGAGUCAAAGACAGGCUGCAAGAAUUGAAGGCCGAGGGUCUGAGUGCCACAUCCACUACUGUGAGCACACCACAGCCUGUCAAUAACAUUGUCCACUAUUUGGCACACGCUCUUGCACAGACCGAGCAGGGCAUAGAGCGCAAGUUCCUGAAAGCUCCGCUAGGUGAUGAGGAUGCCAAGAAAGACCAGAAGUUGAAGAAAAAGGACAAAAAGAAAGAUGACGACCAGUCCAGCGAGAAAGAUGAUGGCAGUGAAAGUGGGCGGCAGGUGAAAACUGUGCAAGAACGCUGGCGUGAGUCUUUGUUGGCCUGCUCCAGCUUGUCGCAGGUUUUCCUGCAUCUUUCCACACUUGAGCGCAGCAUAGUCUGGGCCAAAUCCAUCCUCAACGCCCGCUGUAAGGUGUGUCGUAGGAAAGGAGACGCUGAGAACAUGCUUCUAUGUGACGCCUGUGACAGAGGCUAUCACAUCUUCUGUGUUCGGCCAAAACUGAAGGCUGUUCCUUCUGAAGACUGGUUCUGCCCUGAAUGCCGCCCCAAACAGCGUUCCCAUAGAAUCAACUCCCGUCAGCGUUCCUCUAUUGACUCUGAAGAAGAAAUGGAGGACGAGGAGGAGUCUGAACAAGAGGAAGAAGAAUCAGAAGAGGAAGACGACGAGUCAGAAGAAGAACAGUCAGAGGAGGAAGAUGUGUCCAAGAAGGCUGCUGGGAAACUGCCUCCACAUAGCAAUAAAGGAGUUCGUUUGAACACCAGAUCAAAACAGGCUGAAUCAAGUCAUUCCAUGCCUCGCUCACAGCAGAGCACACCCAAACAGAACCAGUCUGCUAAUAAAGGAGGCUCCAAAAACUCAGGCAAGAAGUCCACCCCAGUGUCUAAUGGAAAGCCCCCUCCCCGGGCAGGAAGCCGCUCCAGUGCUCGUCUUAGUCUAGAGGUGCUCACUGCUAAUGGCACAACAACCAAAUCCAACCAGCCCAGUCCUACAGCAGAGAAUACAGACUCUAGGAAGAGACCCAUUACUGCAGAGGUCUCCCCAAAAGCCAAGAUCAUUUUGGCUCCAGCCACCACUUCAUCCAACCGUCGAAACACAUUUGAUUUACUGCAUCACAUCAAAUUAGGAUACUAUGACUUCUUGUUCACAUCUCAUGUAUUGUGGUUUGCCACUGUUUCUCCAGCAGAGGUCUCCCCAAAAGCCAAGAUCAUUUUGGCUCCAGCCACCACUUCAUCCAACCGUCGAAGCUCAGGGAGAAACUUAGGCGUCCACGAGCUGUCAGCCUGUGAGCUGCUCACUGUGGACCUAGUCAGACACGAGGACAGCUGGCCUUUCAAGAAACUAGUGUCCAGAACUCAGGUGCCUGAUUACUAUGACAUAAUCAAAAAACCCAUCGCCUUGAGCACAAUCAGGGAAAAGGUCAACAACUGUGAAUAUCAAACUGCUGCGGAGUAUAUAGAGGAUGUGGAGCUCAUGUUUUCCAACUGUCUGGAGUACAACCCACGUAACACCAACGAAGCAAAGGCCGGUCUACGGCUGCAGGCCUUCUUCCAUUCUGAGCUUCAGAGACUCGGCCUGGCUGAACGCAUGACUCCACCACAGAAACGGUCACGGAUGUAAACAAAAGCCUAUCUCCCACACAAACUCGCCAACUGGCCAAGACUGAAGACCAGUUCAUAAUCCGCUGUCUAAUUAUGUUGUUCUAUGGCAUUUGUGGAAUGUUCAUGAACAUUCCGGUGUGGUGUGACUCAUUAAAAAAUUCUACCUA